CCAAUUUCACCCUUUGACUCUAUCGUCUCCCGAUUCUCAAGUCUCCUUUGGGUUCUCGCCAUCAGCCAUCACCGCUCCUCAUCGUAACGACGGCCAGCCAAUCUACCACCUUCACCGCCACAUCCGCUAACUCCUCCCAUCACCGUUGAUCUCCAAGACACGUCAUUUGACUACCCUAAGCUCUCCUCCUUCAUCUCCACCAGCGGCUGCUGCUUUCGACAUUAAAAAUCUAAUCGAAUUCCAGGUGAAUUUUCGCAUUACAGAUACCGUGAGCGUAUUUUCAGGCGAAAUGGUUGGAUGAGUAUGUGCUCACUCAGCCAACAAAGUGCGGGAUUCUCAUCUAUUUAAUGGAAUGCUAAUAGGCUGUGCUAUGAAGUACAUGUUUUUUGGAAGGAUACAAGAUAAAAAUGAAUUUGCAGCAUAUGUCAGGUCAGAUCUCAGGGCAGGUUCCAAAUCAAAGUGGCACUUCUCUGCCUGGGCUACCCCAGCAGAGCGGAAAUCCUUUCUCUAUGCAGAUGCAAAAUCCCAUUAUUCAUAAUAACAUGCCAAAUAUGGAGCCUGAGUUCUCCAAAGCGCGGAUAUUUAUAUCAAAUAAGAUCUACGAGUAUCUCAUGCAGCGGCAGCAAGCCCAUGAGAAACCUCCGAAGAAGGUUAUGGAUAUAGUUAAACGCCUGGAAGAGGGCUUGUUUAAAAGUGCCUCAACAAAGGAGGAGUAUUUGAAUCUCAACACUUUGGAGAACCGCUUACAUGGCCUGAUUAAAGGCCUUCGAAUGAAUAAUCAUAAUCAACGUGUCUCUCGUGUUAAUUCUUCUGGACCCAUUGGUACAAUGAUACCAACUCCGGGCAUGGCGCAAGGUGUAAAUUCGGCCCUGAUUGGAACAUCAUCUUUUGACAGUUCCAUGGCUUCUGGGAGUACCAUUGCAUCUUCUACUGUCAACUCUGGUAGCUUCUUGCCAAUGGCUAAUGUUUCUUCCAGUGGGUGUUUGACAAAUGGAUAUCAACAGCCAACUUCCAAUUUCUUGGUCAAUUCAGGUGGGAAUAAUUUGGCACCAUCAAUGAGUGGACAAAGAAUGACAAGUCAAAUGAUCCCCACUCCUGGGUUUAAUACCAGCUGUGGUGCUAAUCUGAAUAGCAACACUAGUGCACAGUCUUCCAUGAGUUUGGAAUCACCCAGUAGUAUUGCUGCAUUUUCUAGUGUUGAUUCCACAAUUGUUUCACAGCCGCUGCAACAAAAUCAAAACAGCCGAAUACUGCAUACAGUUGGCAGCCAUGUGGGUGGUGGAAUCAGGUCAGGAUUGCAGAAUAGAUCCUAUGGACAGACUGGGUCUCUGAAUGGGGGACUUGGGAUGAUUGGGAACAAUUUGCACUUGUUGAAUGGUUCAGGAGCCUCUGAGAGCUAUAUACCAGCAACCACAUAUGGGAACUCUCCAAAGUCAUUAUCACAGCAUUUUGAUCAACAGCAUCAGCCCUUAAUGCAAGGUGAUAGAUAUGGUAUCAAUCGCGCAGAUACGUCGGGGUCUGGAAACUUGUGUCUUCCUGUUUCUUCUGUGGGAAUGGUCAUGAAUAAUCAAAACCCCCGUGCUGUAUCCUUACAGUCCAUGUCCAAAACAAACUCUCCUUUGAUUACCGAUCAAUCAAACUUGACCGCCUCUCAGCAGAUGCCAAAUAUAAAGGUUCAACCAGUUGAUCAGUCAGUGCAGAUGAACUUUCAGUCCCAGCAUUCACUGGGAGAUAACCGUUUAUCUUCCUAUCAGCAUCAACAUUGUCAACAGCCGCCUCAGCAGUUCCAGGAGCAACGUCAAUUUGUUCAACCUCAACCUCAGCAGAAGCUGCAAAGUCAGCAGCACCAACUUUUGUCAAGGAGCAAUACUUUUGCUCAAGCUCAGCUACCUUCUGAUCUUGGUAUUCGGGUAAAGUCUGAGCCUGGAAAUCAUGUUGAAGCCCAACAUUCUCGGGUCAAUGCUGAGCAAUUUCAGUUUUCUAACAUAAAUCAGUUUCAGUCAAAUUCAGUUGAAGACCAUUCUAAAGAUGCAGUAUUUCAGGGUCAAUGGUAUUCCACGUCGCAAGAUGGGAGUCAAAUACCAGGUAGCUUCUCAAAUAAGCAAAAUGCACAAGAGGAAUCGUGUCAGAGAACUUCCAGGAAGGAUGAAGCUUAUCCAAAUAAUUUGUCUACAGAGGGAUCUCCGGUCAGUCAACCUUUUGGUAAUAGAGCAGUUGCCACCAAUAACUCGAGCAGCUCCAUCAGCAGAUCUAAUAACCUUCCUCGUGAACGACAGUAUUUCAAUCAGCAGAGGUGGCUAUUGUUUUUGAUUCAUGCACGUGGAUGUUCUGCUCCGGAAGGGAAAUGUCCAGAGCAGAAUUGCAUAAAAGCUCAAAAACUAGUGAAGCAUAUGGAAGGAUGCAGUAACUUUGACUGUCAAUAUCCUCGUUGUCCUACAACGAGGGUCUUAAUUAACCACUACAGACGGUGCAGAGAUCUAAGCUGUCCUGUUUGCAUUCCUGUCAGGAAAUUUGUACAUGCACAACAAAAAGUUGCUCGUCCUGGCUGUAGUUCUGAUAUGCCAAAUCCUCCUAAUGGUAGUUGUAGAUCCUAUGAUGCUGGUGAAAUUGCUUCCAGGUUGACUGCCAAGCUGAGUUCGGUGUCGGCUCAAACAGAAGAUUUGCAGCCUUCUCUUAAGCGUACGAAGAUUGAGCCACCUUCUCAAUCUCUUAUCUUGGAAACAGAAAAUUGUUUUAUGCCAGUUUCCGCCUGUGACUCUCUUGUUACCCAAAAUGCCCAGCUCGUUGAACAGCAUGGCAAUGCUGUCGCAAUGAAAUCUGAAGUUACUGACAUAAUGAUAGAAAUUCCUGUAAAUGCUGUGCAAGUCAGUCCUGGGAGUAUAGAUAUACGAAAGGAUAAUUUGGAUGAUACCUGCAUUCAAAAGCCUGUUCUUGAUUCUGCUGUAUCAAGUAGUGCAGCUUCUCUUGUGAAACAGGGAAAUAUGAAGACUGAAAAGGACAUGGAUCAGCCUAAACAGGAAAUUACAUCAGCACCCUCUGAAAGCACAAGUGGAUCCAAGUCUGGGAAGCCUACAAUAAAGGGUGUGUCAAUGACUGAAUUAUUCACCCCAGAGCAAGUCCGAGAGCACAUUAUUGGUCUGAGGCGAUGGGUUGGCCAGAGCAAAGCAAAAGCAGAAAAAAAUCAAGCUAUGGAACAUUCCAUGAGUGAAAAUUCAUGUCAAUUAUGUGCAGUUGAGAAGCUAAAUUUCGAACCUCCGCCUAUAUAUUGUACUCCUUGUGGUGCUCGUAUUAAACGAAAUGCAAUGUAUUAUACGAUUGGAACUGGUGAUACUCGACACUACUUCUGCAUUCCAUGCUAUAAUGAGGCUCGUGGAGACACCAUUGUUGUUGAUGGAACCACUAUUCCGAAGGCGAGGAUGGAGAAAAAGAAAAAUGAUGAGGAAACUGAAGAAUGGUGGGUUCAAUGUGAUAAGUGCGAAGCUUGGCAACAUCAGAUUUGUGCAUUGUUCAAUGGUAGGAGAAAUGAUGGUGGGCAAGCUGAGUAUACCUGUCCAAAUUGCUAUAUUAUAGAGGUUGAAAGAGGUGAGCGUAAGCCCUUACCACAAAGUGCUGUUCUUGGAGCAAAAGAUCUGCCUCGUACAAUUCUCAGUGACCAUAUUGAGCAACGAUUAGUUAGGCGUUUGAAGCAUGAAAGGCAGGAGAGAGCAAGACGUGAAGGAAAAAGUUAUGAUGAGGUUCCUGGUGCUGAAGGGCUUGUUGUAAGGAUUGUGUCAUCAGUGGACAAAAAGUUAGAAGUGAAAUCAAGGUUUCUCGAGAUCUUUCAAGAAGAGAAUUAUCCGCCAGAGUUCCCAUAUAAAUCAAAGGUGUUACUGUUAUUUCAGAAAAUUGAGGGUGUAGAAGUGUGCCUCUUUGGCAUGUAUGUUCAGGAAUUUGGAUCUGAAUGCGCACAACCAAAUCAUCGCCGUGUUUAUCUCUCGUAUCUAGAUUCUGUCAAAUAUUUCAGGCCAGAGAUCAAAGCAGUGAGUGGCGAGGCUCUUCGUACAUUUGUGUACCAUGAAAUUUUGAUUGGAUAUUUAGAAUACUGCAAAAAGCGCGGUUUCUCAAGUUGCUAUAUAUGGGCUUGUCCCCCACUGAAGGGUGAAGAUUAUAUAUUAUAUUGCCACCCGGAAAUCCAGAAAACCCCAAAAUCUGACAAGCUCAGAGAGUGGUAUUUAUCAAUGUUAAGAAAAGCUUUGAAGGAAAAUAUUGUUGUAGAUCUCACAAAUUUAUAUGACCAUUUCUUCAUUUCUGCGGGCGAAUGUAAAGCUAAAGUUACUGCAGCUCGCCUGCCAUAUUUUGAUGGGGACUAUUGGCCUGGUGCAGCAGAGGAUAUGAUUUAUCAACUUCAACAAGAAGAAGAUGGGAGGAAACAACAUAAGAAGGGAUCUAUUAAGAAGACUAUAUCAAAAAGAGCUCUUAAAGCAUCUGGUCAAUCUGAUCUUUCUGGAAAUGCAUCUAAGGAUAUACUUCUAAUGCACAAACUUGGUGAAACUAUUUCUCCAAUGAAGGAAGAUUUUAUUAUGGUCCACCUGCAGCAUGCAUGUACUCAUUGUUGUAUUCUAAUGGUGUCCGGAAAUCGUUGGGUAUGCAAUCAAUGCAAGAACUUUCAGCUUUGUGACAAGUGUUAUGAAGUUGAACAGAAACUUGAAGACAGAGAAAGACAUCCUAUCUAUCACAAGGACACACAUAUACUCUACCCCAUUGAAAUUGAAGUAACUGAAGAUACCAAGGAUAAAGAUGAAAUUCUCGAGAGCGAGUUUUUUGAUACAAGGCAGGCGUUUUUGAGUCUUUGUCAAGGAAACCAUUACCAAUAUGAUACCCUGCGGCGUGCUAAACAUUCCUCAAUGAUGGUCCUUUACCACCUUCAUAAUCCGACUGCACCAGCAUUUGUGACAACUUGCAAUAUUUGUCAUCUUGACAUAGAAGCAGGUCAAGGUUGGCGGUGUGAAGUUUGCCCAGAUUAUGAUGUGUGUAAUGCUUGUUAUCAGAAGGAUGGUGGAAUUGAUCAUCCUCACAAGCUAACUAAUCAUCCAUCCAUUGCUGAGCGUGAUGCUCAGAAUAAAGAGGCUAGGGAACUACGAGUUCUGCAGCUUAAGAAGAUGCUUGAGCUUUUGGUGCAUGCCUCUCAGUGCCGCUCUUCUCUUUGUCAAUAUCCAAACUGUCGGAAAGUUAAGGGGCUUUUCCGCCAUGGCAUACAGUGCAAAGUACGUGCUUCAGGAGGUUGUGUUCUCUGUAAGAAGAUGUGGUAUCUACUUCAACUUCAUGCUCGUGCAUGCAAGGAAUCUGAGUGUCAUGUGCCACGGUGCAGAGAUUUGAAAGAACAUCUUCGGAGGCUGCAACAGCAGUCUGAUUCUCGGCGGCGGGCUGCUGUUAUGGAGAUGAUGAGACAGCGUGCUGCGGAGGUUGCCAACAGUGCUGGAUGACCAUUUUGUUGUACAUGUUGUAAUAGACAUACAAGGUGUUACUGGUAUGCUUGGAGGUAGGACAAUUGUUGGUAGGAACGGUCUCGUAAUGUACAGGAAACUGCUCACCAACAUACAAGCUUGCUCAUUGCUGUUAGGCUACUCUAGAAGGUUUUGCUGUUUCUGGUUGACCGUCGCUUAGGCGUUGAUUCUUUCACUUACUCACCUCUGGGUUAUCUCCAUCGUGGACCUAUUCUUUCACUUGGCCGUCUUUCUGUUAUCUCCAUUGUGAUGCUUAUAUCUCCGAGUUGCUCUCAUCAACAAUGCAUCUCCAGGAGCGUAGAAUGCCAAGCGUCCCUGCCCGUAGCUCAUAAGUGAUUUUUUAAUUUCAUUCUGUUGUAAUCCAGCAAAAGUCACCGUUUUGAGGGCAAAUGUGCCUGUCUUCCUGAUUUAUUUUAUCAUGCAUUAAACAUGCGGAAAGACAACUGUUUUCCUUUUCGUGUGAAUAGUUGUCUCAUUCUAUUCCUUGUUCUCAUAUUUGGAGUUAGUCUUGUAGAUGUUUUUCUUAUUUAAAAAUGCAAAGAAAUACUUUACAAGUA